GCCGCGAUGUCUCCGGCGGCUGCGGCGGCUGGAGGUGGCGACCGGCGGCGGCCGAUAGCGAGCGUCAGGGACGCCCGGGGCCGGGGUUGGGGCUUCGGCGGGCCGGCUGGAGCGGCGCUCUUCGGCCUGUCGCUGCUUGGCCUCGUGCUGUACCUGGUGCCGGCGGCGGCCGCGCUGGCCUGGCUGGCUGUGGGGGCUACCGCGGCCUGGUGGGGACUGAGCCGCGAGCCCCGGGGUUCGCGCGCCUUCUCCUCGUUCGUUCGGAACGCGCGGCGCCAGCGAACACUGCUCGCCUCGCCUCCGGCCAAGUCGGCAGUAAACGGAAACCUCCUAGAACCGCGGACCCUGCUCGAAGGACCCGACCCCGCUGAACUGCUCCUUAUGGGUAGUUACCUGGGCAAGCCCGGCCCCCCGCAGCCUGCCCCCGCGCUGGAGGCCAGGGACCUGCGAGAGAGGCCUGGCCGCCGCCCACCCAUCCGCUCCCCGCCGCCCGCUCACCCGGCCCAUCGCGUUCGCCACAUUCACCCCACUCUCCCCACUCCUCUUCUCCGCUCCCCGAGGAGGCCUUCCCGCCGGGAUUGUGGGACUUUAUCAAAUCGGUUUGUAAUAACACCUCGAAGACGAUAUCCAAUCCAGCAGGCCCAGUAUUCCUUUCUGGGGGUACUUCCCACAGUGUGCUGGAAUGGUUAUCACAAGAAGGCUGUGCUGUCUCCUCGGAAUUCCAAAAUGGUGUGCAGCCCAGUGACAGUAAGGAUUGCUCCUCCUGAUGGCAAAUUGACUCGUUCUUCAAUACCAGAGCAGAUAAUCAACUCAACAUUGUCCUCACCAUCAAGUAAUGCCCCAGACCCAUGUGCAAAGGAGACUGUACUGAGUGCCCUCAAAGAGAGGAAGAAGAGGACAGUGGAGGAGGAAGAACAAAUAUUCACUGACAGCCAGGAAAAUAAAAGAAGGCGCCAUGAUAGCAGUGGGAGUGGACAUUCAGCAUUUGAGCCCCUGGUGGCCAAUGGAGUCCCUGCUUCUUUUGUGCCUAAGCCUGGGUCUCUGAAGAGAGGUCUCAAUUCCCAGAGCUCAGAUGACCACUUGAAUAAGAGAUCCCGCACCUCUUCUGUGAGCUCCUUGACAAGCACGUACACAGGUGGCAUCCCCAGUUCUAGCCGCAAUGCCAUUACCAGUUCUUAUAGCUCUACUCGAGGUUUCUCCCAGCUAUGGAAGAGAAGUGGUCCCAGUUCAUCACCCUUCUCAAGCCCAGCCUCAUCCCGCUCCCAGACACCAGAGAGGCCAGCAAAGAAAAUAAGAGAAGAGGAGCUUUCUCAUCAUUCUAGUUCUUCGACUCCAUUGGUAACAGACAAGGAGUCCCAGGGAGAAAAGGUUGCAGAUGCAGCCACAUGGAAGAAACAAAACUCGUGGAGCUCCCCAUCUACACUUGGCAGCUCUGGACAACGUAAACGGAAGAUUCAGCUGCUGCCCUCCAGACGAGGGGACCAGCUGACCUUGCCUCCACCUCCCCAGCUUGGUUAUUCAAUCACUGCUGAAGAUCUAGACUUGGAAAAGAAAGCUUCGUUACAAUGGUUUAACAAGGUCUUGGAGGAUAAGACUGAUGCUGCCUCAAACUCUGUCACUGAGAGCCCACCUACCACUCAGCCUUCUUUUCCUUUUACCCUGCCUGCUUCUGGGACUGCUUCCUCCCCAACCUCCCUCCCAGCACCAAGCACUAACCCACUAUUGGAGAGCUUGAAGAAGAUGCAGAAUUCCCCAGGCCUACCAUCCUUCCCAGAAUCUGCUGGAGUGGCAACCACUGUGGCCCAUUCGCCUCCGAAGACGCCCAGCCUUCUGGCCCCUCUUGGCUCUUCACAGUCAGGGCCCCUUCCCAGCACCUCCUCAGACUCGAAAUCCACAGUCAGUUUCUUGGGGCUGACCCCUGCUUCUUCCACAAUACCAGUUACUGACAUCACCAAGGCACCUCCAGCCCCUCAGGCUGAGACAUCCACCAAAUCCCAAGCCCUGUCUGCCCCAUCCCCCACCCCCAAGCAAAGUAUUCUGUUUGGAAUGCUGAGCAGCCCCCCUGCUAACCCUUCUGCCUCUGCGGCUCCUGUUGUGUCUUCUGCAUCUCCCAUGUUCAAGCCCAUUUUUGCGGCCCCACUUAAUAGCGAGAAUGAGGACCCCUUGCAGUCUAGCCCUUCCAAGGUCACAACCACAGCAUCUUCCAGCUCUGCCCUCCCCACGACUACCAGCACCUCUCCCCCCACUUUUAAGCCUAUCUUUAGCAGCAUGGGGCCACCUACAUCUGUGCCCUUGUCAACUCCCUUCUCCUUCAAUCAAACAACUACUCCAGCCACUACCACAAGCGUCUCUCUCUUCACUGGCCAGGCCAGUGCCACCUCACCAGUGGCUUCUGUGACCACAGCCAGCACAUCUGCAGACUCUGCUCCAAAGCCUGCAUUUGGCUUUGGUGUGAGCAGUGUGAUGAGCACCAUGAGCAGCCUGACUAGCACCACCACUUGUGCUUCACAGCCUUUCCUCUUCGGGACUCCCCCUGCCUCUGGGGCCAGCUUCACCCCAGCCGUGGGCUCCAUAUUCCAAUUUGGCAAGCCUCCUGCCAUGCCUGCUUCAACGACUGUCACCACCUUCGGCCAGUCCCUACCCAGUGCUGUUCAGACAGCCACCAGCAGCAGCACUGCCAGCUUUACUGGUUUUGGCAGCACCCUUACCACCUCAGCCCCUGUCACCACCAGCCAGCCGACGCUGACAUUCAGUAGCACUACCACCCCAGCAUUUAACAUUCCCUUUGGCUCAAGCACCAAGCCUCCUCUCCCAGCAUAUCCAGGAGCCAACCCCCAGCCAGCAUUUGGGACCACUGAUGGGCAGCAGCAGGGGGCUACCAAGCCUGGCCUUGCCCCCAGCUUUGGCAGCUCUUUCACUUUUGGAAACUCUGCAGCUGCAGCCCCGACUGCAACUCCAGCGCCAGCCCCUGCCCAGCCAGCCUUUGGCAGUGCUGCACAGUCGGCUUUUGGUGGUUUAAAACCCGCAGCCUCCGCCUUCGGUACCCCUGCCAACACUCAGCCAGCCUUUGGCAGCACCACGGCUGUUUUCUCCUUUGGUGCAGCCACCACCUCUGGCUUUGGAGCUACAACCCAGACCACCAGCAGCGGGACCAGUAGCUCAGUGUUUGGCAGCACAACACCAUCACCCUUCACGUUUGGGGGAUCAGCAGCCCCAGCUGGCAGUGGGGGCUUUGGGAUCAAUGUGGCUACCCCAGGCACCAGCUCAACCUCUGGAGCUUUCAGCUUUGGAGGAGGACAGAGUGGGACCACUGGCAGCACAACCCCUUUUGGGGGAGGCUUGAGUCAGAACACCUUGGGCACACCCGGCCAGAGCACACCCUUUGCCUUCAAUGUGGCCAGCACGCCUGAGAGCAAACCUGUGUUUGGAGGCACCUCCACACCUACCUUUGGUCAGAACACCCCUGCCCCUGGGGUGGGCACGUCCGGCAGCAGCCUCUCCUUUGGGGCAUCCUCAGCACCCACCCAAGGCUUUGUGGGAGUCGGACCUUUUGGCUCGGCGGCCCCUUCGUUUUCCAUUGGUGCAGGAUCCAAGACCCCCGGGGCUCGGCAGCGACUGCAGGCCCGGAGGCAGCACACCCGCAAGAAAUAGCCUUUGUCCCUUGCCCCCACUCCUCCCACCCCCUGCCCAAAUCUGGACCUCAGCACCUGCUAGGAAGAGCCUCUGACCAACCCUUCUAGUUCCAUGAAGCAAUCCUACCCCAGAUUUCUGGCUUCAGCCACCAGGGAGGUAAUGGCAGCCCUGGGGGCUGUUUCUUCUUGAGGAAGCAGGAACCUCAGGCCUCUUGAAUGAAGGGAAGGCAGGAUGUGGCAGGGCAGAAGCCUGAUGCCUAUACUUGAACAGUUCCACUGGUGAGGCUGGAAAGAACUAAGGAAACAUCUGUACAUACUGUCCACUUACUUCCCUCUUGUUUUGUGUGUAAGCUUAGUCAGGCGGCCUCCUUUCCCACCUUUCCCCCGAGAGCCAUCUUUGCUGGAAGGUGACAGGUACCGCCCCCGCCCACUUGCAUCUCCGAUACGCAUUUGGUGAGAUUGGGGGAAAUGGGUUAUCCCUAAAGCUUUACCUUGCUUGGCUUGGCUAUAAAAAGUGGUUCUCCUCCUCUGGUCCCGUUAGGGGACUCUGUUACCCCAUUUCUUGCUGCUUUGUCCCUCACUGGUUCCUCCCAAGAUCAAUCCCUUUUGAAAUGAUCUUGAAUCUAGCUUUGCCGUGGAGACCCCAGUGGGUGCUGCUCCUGCUGUUCCGCCUCCUACCAAGUCUGAGUCAAUGUUUUGUCCCCAACCCUCUCUGCCAGUUUGGCCCCUAAAACCUUGGUGGCCCAAGACUGUUAGCCUGGCAGAUCCAGGGGUGAUACCUCACUCCGGGGGGGAAGCUCUUGGAGCAGGCAGGAUGCCCACUGCUGCUUUCAGUUGCCUCCUCGCCCACCUUCCCCACUGGCCUCAUUGGGCUUGUCUCUUUCUCCAGGAUUGUAUGUUUAAAGCCUUGUCCUGUGUUACUUUGUCUGAUGUUCAUGUCUGUUGCUCUUUGAAUCGAGUUUGGAGGAAGAAUUGAAUUGUAUGAGUGGCGGCAUGUUGGUAGUGCCGGACUUACCUGUCUCAAGUUUCUGGGGCCUAGCUAAUUGAAUGUGGAAAGGAGCACCACUUUAUGGCUGCAGGUGCCAACUCCUGGAUUUUCAAAGGGUGUUUUGACUUCAAGGGCUGGCAGCCCCGGAGGAAGCCAAGACCUCUUCCCUGUUUCUCUCCCACCUGCCUGACCUGAAUGGAGGCUGGAUUACCCCCAGUAUGUUAGAAAACCUAAAUUAAUGAACCACGCUUUAAAAUUCUUAGUUUUUUCCCCCCAACAAAGCCUCCAGCCCUUCCCCUUUUUUCUUCCUUUGUUCCCAAAGCACGUACCCCAGGCCCAAGAGCCUUGCUGCCAUGCCCAUCCUCUUUGGGAGAAGUAUGAAUGCGUGUGUCUAAAUUAAAAGAAAAAAAAUAUUUAAACAUUUUUUAACAAAAUAAAAAUUUAUUUUUGUAUUUAAGCUAAAUUGCCUUUUAAAUUCCUUCAAGCUUGGUUCAUUGAGGUGGUUAAGUAUAAAUGCUAUUGACUAGGAAUUAGCUGUAUAGUUAAGUUAUGCCUGUGUGAGGAAGAGGCUCAAAUACUGUCCCAGGCAGCUUUCCUGAGGGACUAGAGCUUCUUCUGGACACAUUAUAUGAAAUGUACUUCUUAUUUUAUAAAUAAUGUGACAUAGAUGUAACUAGUCCCCCCCUCCCCCCUUUGUGACUGAGGUUGAAUGUUUUGUCACCGGGCUGCACCUCCCCGCCAUGAAGAGCUCUGUUAAUCCUUAACUGUGCGUGAAGCUGAGGAGGGGCCUAAACCUCAAGUCCCAAAUACCGAUCAGGAUUGGAGGGGGGGGUGGGCACAGGUCUAGAAAUCAAGCUUCUGCUUAUACCUUACGUAAGGUAGAGCCUCUUAGUUUUAGUCCUCUCAGCUAGUUUACCUCAGUUCCACAGGCAGGACACUUGGUCCAGGAACCCCCUGAAGAGGGUGUCCUGGCAUGGCCUGAGUGUGUGUGUGUGUGUGUGUGUUUGUGUACAUGUACGUGCACUGGACAGGAACGGGAGGCUGGGACUUUCCAUCACAAAUAAAAAUUUAAUUCCUGUUGAGUCUAGUUGGAAUUUUUAGUAUGAAUGUGAGAUUUUUCUCCUUGCUUAUGUCAUUAAGAAUAAAAAAAACGGUGACCUAUCA